AUGUACGACUCUCCGCUGACGCUGCAGAGGAACUGCAUAGAUUUUAUAUCUAUGAAUUUGUCGGCUGUGUGUAGGACCGAACCUGCACCAUCCGCUACCGGAGACCAGAGCCCUCCGAACGAGCAGCACAGAUACGUGUUCAAGGAUUCCGAUGUCUUCUUUCACCAAGGCCUCUCUCAGAGCCUGCUCGAAACCAUCUCCGAACAGGGUCGGCUGACUGACGAAGUUCUCUCAUUAUUCGAUACCCGGUCGACUCGUUUGGAAAGAGUGACCAUCAAAAAUGCCGCCCACGUGUCGACUCAGGGUUUACGAGUUCUUCGACCUCACAACAUUCACGAGCUCGAGGCUGUCGGUCUCGUCAGGGUCACCGUAAAUGAUCUCAUCAGUUGUUUAGGAGAAUGGACUCUGUCGAAUCUCCGAUCUCUGAACGUUUCGGAGGCCGCCUUCACUCCACCUGGCGUUUCAUCGUUCGGCAACAGGCUAGCAUCGCUCCCUGUGGUGAUUUCGCUGUCGAAGCUCCGUAACCUCCGAGUCCUGAACGUCUCUUUCACCGAAUUCGAUACCCACUCUCUCGAAAUUGUCGCGGGAGACCUACCCCAUCUGAGUGUGCUCGAUAUUUCCCAGACGAAAGUAACCGAUAUUUCAGCCUUGAAGAAUUGCGCGGGCCGUAUGAUCUCGCUGAACCUGUACAAUCUCCGCCAAUUGGACAUGGCCACCGCAAUAAACGUCUUGUCCUGCAUGGCGAAUCUCAAAAACCUGGAUAUCUCCUGCGACCGAGACAGUGGACAAUACACCCAGGAAGGCUCCGGUCCUCAGCACUCAAUCAGACUCCUGUUGGAAGAAUACGAGAGCUUGCCUAAUCUCCGGUCGUUCGAUAUAUCGGGCCGGGAGGGCAUCGACAUUUCCGAUUUGAGAGCCUUCAUCCAUACGCACCCGUCGCUGCAAUUUUUGGGCCUCGCCGAAACCGAAGUGUGCUAUGAGAGCAUGUUCACGAACAGUCCUACCCUCUCGCUGACCGUUUCUGGUUGCGGAACGGAGAAACAAGUUCUCGAGUCGCUCAAGCGAUAUCCCGAACGACGUUUCUUCGUGCAGAAAUCGCUGUAUCAUCUCUAUUCGUACACGCAGAACAUGAACGAACCGCGGGUCGAUAUCAUAGAGCUCAUCCUGCCAGGCAUGCAGAAACACUGUAGGACUCUCGGAAUCCAAAUGGCUGCGACGGCGUGUCUCUACAAUCUCUCGAGAGGACAGCUGGGUCAGAAAAUCCAUCCGAUCUGGCUGAAGAAAAUCGUCGAGCUCACCUUAACUGCCAUGCAAAACUAUCCCAAGCACCAACAACUGCAGAAGAAUACUCUUCUGACGCUGUGCUCGGACAGGAUUCUGCAGGAUGUCUCAUUCAAUCGUUACCACUGUGCCAAACUGGUUUUGGACUCGUUGGUAUUUUUCGACGACCCUGCCAUGAACAGAAUGUCCGUAGCCAUCUGUUCAAUACUUGCCGCGAAAAUUUCGACUUGCGAAACGUCUUCACUUGGCGCCGAGCCUAUGUACAUGAAGCGGUUGCUGCGAAUCGUCAAAGCUAAGAUCACCGAAGGGAACGUAGACAUCAUGAUGAAAUUCACCCUCUCUGCGCUGUGGAAUUUAACCGAUGAAUCCCCGAAAACCUGUUCCGUGUUCUUAUCUCUCGGUGGAAUGGAGCUCUUCAUGAAAGUCCUCGCAAUAUUCGAAGGAGACGGAUCUGUUGAGACAAAAGUGCUCGGCCUCUUGAACAACAUCGCCGAGGUCGCUCAGUUGAGGGUCGAGCUCAUGAAGGACGACUUUUUGUUCGUGCUACGGAAGCUUCUCCAUUCGCAACAUAUAGACGUUUCGUAUUUCGCGGCCGGGAUCGUAGCCCAUCUGGCUUCCGAUGGACCGGAGGCCUGGAGGUUCAACAUGUGUACAUACGAAGACAUGGUCAAUGAACUUGGUGAAGCCGUGAACAGCUGGAAGAGUCCUGAAACCGAGAUGGUCGCAUAUCGCUCUUUCAAUCCGUUCUUCCCCCUUCUCGAAGCCCGAAUUUCGCCGCAGGUUCAGCUCUGGGCUGUCUGGGCUAUCCAUCACGUCUGCUCGAAAAAUCCCAAACGGUACUGCGCCAUGUUGAUCGACGAGAAAGGAAUCGGUCUCUUGGAACGUCUAUUAUUGAACUCUGGGGACGGUACCGUCGAAGGUAUCUGCACUCAAAUUCUGGCCAUAGUCGAACAGGACUCCGCGCCCAGUUGCCAUGACAAGCAAAUCCCUCAUCAGCAGCAGGUCAUCGUGUGAAGAUGCGGCAGCAGCAUCAGCGAGAGCGCGGCGACGGAACCAUCGGCCAGGUGCCGCAUCGGAAUGUCGUCGCGAAUCCUGUUGCUCGACUCCGUAUGACGCAGGGAUCGCUGGCUAGGAACUACGACUAUUGUACUAUUACUCAGAACGCGGGAACGAUUUACUAUCAUGAUGACUAUGAGUUCUAUCGGAAUGACAAACGACCGUAGUGAUAGACUUGUGAUAUCUCUGAAUAGUUGAACUGUUGGCGGAAGCACGACGAAAAAAGAAAAAACAAACAAGAAAAUAUCGACUCAGCUGCUAUCGCCAUCGAUCGGAGUUUGUUGGGAUGGUGAAUGCCUACCGUGCUGAAAACCGGGUGUCGGACUCGAGUUUAUUGCCUCUGAUCCGGUGGUAAUUGUUGUUGCUUAUUUGAUCAUGAGCGUGAACAUGCUGAGAACUUGAGGAAUGAACGACAUGAACUUGAGGAAUGGAAAUGUUGAAUAUUCCCGCGAGACCAAGAUCCUCCAGUCGCCGGCGCGGGAGCGAAAAAUCGUUAAAUGGUGUCGUCUAGUCGAUUGUCGGGAGCCGACCCGCUAGGAGCGGGCUUAUCGUGUUGAGCAAUUAAUUUGUUGAUUUGAGAAUUUUCGAGCUGCAUUCUCCAAUUCUUACUCGAAUAGAUGAGCGAGGGGGCGAGUCCAGCGACAGGCACGUUGAACCCUCCUCGACUCUUCCGCAGCAACCUGAACGGAACGCCUGUAAGAUCAUUUAUCGCUAACGAUGGUGAUCAUGACGCGAUCACAACAUCCGAAGCACUACUUACUGUAAUACGAAUAUCGUCGAGGGACUUCCUUACAAUCAAAGAGAAAUGCUUCGGAUGCGAUCAGGCAUCCAGCAGAACACACAUACCUACCCGAUUGUUGAUAUUUAGGACAAUUGAAACGGGAAGGAGAUCGUUUCGAGGAGGAAUCACGAUCAUGAGCAGGGAAAUUCGGCGGUGACAGACCCAAAUUGAACUCGGAGACAGAGGUUCAGGAUCAGACAGGGUUCUCCUCGACGACCUCCUCCCUGGAAACCUCAUAUUUCUCCUUCAUUUACCA